CCACAUAUACAUAUGUAGCUGUCAUAAUUCUCACUCAACACUGGAAAAUACAUGCUCAUGAAUGAUGUCUUCCCAGGUGAAUGCAAAACAUUUUCACAAGGCUGGACCAUGGGCAACAGGAAUAAUGUCACCUUCUUUCUUCUCCUGGGACUUUCUCAAAACAAGAACAUUGAAGUCUUCUGUUUUGUAUUAUUUCUAUUCUGCUACCUAGCUAUUUGGGUGGGAAAUGUGCUCAUCAUGAUUUCCAUCACCUGCACUCAGCUAAUGGACCAACCCAUGUACUUCUUCCUCAAUUGCCUCUCCCUGUCAGACCUCUGCUACACCUCCACCGUGACACCAAAGCUAAUGACUGAUCUACUGGCGGAAAGGAAGACUAUAUCCUACAACAACUGCAUGGUGCAGCUCUUUUCCACCCACUUAUUCGGGGGCAUUGAGAUCUUCAUUCUCACAGCGAUGGCCUAUGACCGCUAUGUGGCCAUCUGUAAACCCCUGCACUACCCGGUCCUCAUGAGCAGGCAGAGGUGUCACGCAAUCAUCCUCAUCUGUUGUACUGGAGGACUUGCACACUCAGCCAGCCAGUUUCUCCUCACCAUCUUCCUGCCAUUCUGUGGCCCCAAUGAGAUAGAUCACUACUUCUGCGACAUGUACCCUUUGCUGAAAUUAGCCUGUGCGCACACACACGUGAUAGGUAUCUUAGUCAUCGCUAAUUCAGGCUUGAUUGCUUUGGUGACGUUCGUGGUGUUGAUGCUGUCUUAUUUCUGUAUAUUGUACACCAUCAGGGCCUACUCUGCGGAGAGCCGCCACAAGGCACUCUCCACUUGCAGUUCUCACAUAACUGUGGUAGUCCUGUUUUUCGCACCAGCUUUAUUCAUUUACAUUAGACCCAACGUAACCUUCCCGGAGGACAAAGUGUUCGCUCUUUUCUACACCAUCAUCGCUCCCAUGUUCAACCCUCUGAUCUACACACUAAGGAACGUGGAGAUGAAGAACGCCAUGAGGAAAGUUUGGUGUCCUCAAGGGCUCUUGACUGGAAAAUAAAUUCGCCAAUCAUUUCUGCUACUCAGACUCUGGUUGUAUGAGAUCACAACUCUGAGAAAGAUCCCUUUUCCUCAUCUUCGUGUCCUCAUUCUUUGGAGAGUUUGAGGAGCAACAAGACAACACAUGUCAUCUCUUUCUUUAUGCUUCUACACUGACAACUUUCCCUUUCCUGGGAAUGCAACUCAGGGCUAUGCACUAAGAAAUAUCCCACUGUAUGAGUCACACUCCCAUCCUUUUGAUUUCAGUUGAAUUUUCAGACAGGUGUUCUUGCAUGGCAAAUAUCAAGCCAAGAUCUAACUACUUAUGUCCUGAGUGAGACCACAGAUGAGUGCUAACAUACUCAGCAGCUUGUUUUUAGGGAAAGGUCAUACUAACUUUUGGCACAGGCUAGU